AAGGCGAUAUUAUCUUGAAAAAGAGUGGUUAAGUUUGAGUUCUCAGCUACAGCACCACUGAUCACUUCAAUCUGCCUGCUGCUUAAAAACUAAAGAAUCAUCUUUUACGACGAGUGGGAUGCACUGGAUAUGUUUAAUUCGUCUUUCAAUAUGGAAAUCUCUGUAGUGUCAAGUAGCCUAUAUCAGCAGCCUCUUUUAUUGGCCAGUAGAGUCUCAGCUGCAGCAGGACAUGACUCGAAACACUGGAAUUCAUUAAUAAAACAGCAUACUAGAUUAAAGAAUGACAGUGCUAUACUUGCUACUUAUACACAAAUGGAAAGCAUUGGCAUUUUGCCAGAUCACACCACUCUGCCUCUAGUUCUCAAGGCUUGUGCUAGACUUGGAGCUGUCGAAAAAGGGAAAUUGUUACAUGCACAGAUUGUGAAUACAGAUUUGAUUGAUGAUGUUCGGGUUGGGACAGCUCUUGUUGAUUUUUAUUGCAAGUGUGGGUUUCCUGAUGAUGCUAGUCUUGUUUUUGCUGAAAUGAAUGAAAUUGAUGUGGUUGCCUGGAAUGCUAUGAUUUCUGGUUGUGUGAGGUGUUGUGAGUAUGAGGAGGCGAUGCUCUUGUUUACUCGGAUGCAAAAUCAAGGGUUUAGGUGUAAUUCAGUUACUGUCGUGGCAUUGCUUUUGGCGUGUGGAGAGCUCUUGGAUUUAGGAACUGGGAAGGAGGUUCAUGGGUACUGUUUAAGGAAUGGUUUGUCUGAUUUUAAUCACCAUGUUGCUACUGCAUUGAUAGGAUUCUAUUUGAAAUUCGAUGUGACAAGUGCAACUCGUGUUUUUGCUUUAAUGCCUUCAAAGAACACUGUAAGCUGGAAUGCUAUGAUUACUGCUUAUUUUGAGGUUGAGGAUUACUUGAAAGCUCUUCAACUCUUCGUUAAAAUGGUCAUGGCUGGAUUUGAGAGUGAUGCUGUCACAAUGCUAAUUGUUCUACAGGCAUGUACAGAAUAUGGCUCUCUUCAUUUGGGACGUCAAAUUCAUCAGCUUAUUAUAAAGUCUGGAAUUAGCAAAGAUAUGUACAUCAUCAAUGCUUUGAUAAAUAUGUAUGGAAAUAAUGGAAUGUUAAGAUCUUCUUGUGAUCUAUUUGAAUCUGCAUCGACAAAAGAUGUUGCGUUAUGGAACUCAAUGCUUUCUGUAUAUCUUAAGGAGGGCUCAGUUGUGGAAACACUGGCUUUGUUCAACAAAAUGCAAUUGACAGGUUUUACAGGUGAUGUCAGAACGAUUGUUUCUGGCUUGCGUUUAUGUGUUGAGUUGCCUACUGGUUUAAGAGAUGGUAAAUGCUUACAAGCUUCGGCCAUUAAGAAUGGAAUCCAGAGGAACAUGCAUAUUGGGAAUGCAUUGUUAAGUAUGUAUGCAGACUUUAAUUGUAUCGAUGAUGCAUUGAAGGUCUUUCAGGAACUGACAGAUGCAGGAGAUGUGGUAUCGUGGCACACUUUGAUCAGUGCAUUGACUAGAAACGGCUUAAAGGGUCAAGCAUGGGAGAUUUUUGGGAAAAUGCUAGAAUCAGAGGUCAGCCCUAAUACUCACACAAUAAUUUCUAUUUUAGCUUCUUGUAAAGAUGAAAUGUCUCUGAGUUUGGGCAAGUCGAUACAUGGUUAUGCAAUAAAACACCGUGCUGAAGUAGACCCCUUACUGAACACGGCACUCACUGAGAUGUAUAUGAACUGCAAUGAUGAAGCAACAGCUACAAAUUUGUUUGAGAGGUUUCAAGAUAAUGAUAUUGUAUCAUGGAAUUCUAUGAUUGGUUGUUACAUAAAAACCGAUCAAGCACAAAAGGCUCUGUUUCUUUUCGAUAGUAUGAUGUCAAAAGUUGAUCCCAAUUCAGUUACAAUCAUAAAUUUACUCUCAGGUUGCACCAAAUUAGCCAAUCUUCCUCUAGGCCAAAGAUUACAUGCUUAUGCAUUGAGAAGACAAUUCUCAUUUGAAUACGAUUUAUCUCUUGCCAAUGCAUUCAUAACUAUGUAUGCCAGAUGUGGUGAUAUGCAUUCUGCUGAAAAAAUAUUUGAAAGUUUACCAAGAAAAAAUGUUGUCUCAUGGAAUGCAAUGAUUGCUGGUUACGGUAUGCAUGGACGUGGCCCCAAUGCUUUGCUCGCCUUCUCAAAAAUGCUACAAGAUGGCUGUAAACCAAACAGCAUAACAUUUGUAUCGACUUUGUCUGCCUGUAGUCACUCUGGUUUGAUUGAGCAGGGAUUGCAGCUUUACGACUCCAUGGUUCAGGAAUACUAUAUUACACCAGAAGUUGUCCACUAUGCUUGUGUAGUAGAUCUUCUUUGUCGUGGAGGGUCUUUAACUGAAGCCAAGAAGUUCAUUGAUACGAUGCCUAUUUCACCAGACGCGUCUGUCUGGAGAGCACUGCUCAGUGGCUGUCGAGUCUAUACUGAUACAAAACUAGCUAAAACAAUCUCUACCAAACUUUUGGAGCUGGAACCGACAAAUGCAGGAAACUAUAUAUUGUUAUCCAAUAUUUAUGCUGCAGCAGGCCUUUGGUCUGAGGUGAACAAGUUGAGAAGCCUGCUGGAAGAAAAAGGCCUAACAAAGCCUCCGGGAAAAAGCUGGAUAGCAGUUAGAAGCAAACUACACUAUUUUACAGCCGGAGACAAGUCGCAUCCUCAAUCUGACAAGAUAUAUUUGAAACUGAAUUCCUUGUUGGCUUCGGUGAAGGAAAUUGGGUAUGUUCCUGAUCUUCGUUGGGUUCUCCAUGAUGAAGAUGAGGAGAGAAAAGUGAGGAGGAUUUCAAGCCAUAGUGAGAAACUCGCUAUAGCAUUUGGGCUGAUUAGUAUUGGUAAUGGUAGUCCAAUACAAAUUAACAAAAAUUUAAGAGUUUGCGGUGAUUGCCAUGAGUUUGGCAAGUAUGUUUCCAAACUUGUUGGGAGGGAAAUAGUCCUGAGAGAUGGAAGCCGAUUCCACCACUUUACCAAUGGCAUCUGUUCAUGCAAAGAUUAUUGGUGACAUCUUUUUAUUUGCUGAAAGACCUUCUUAGACUAGUUUGUCCCUUAACAUUUUACAAAGGAGAUCAUCAGGAAUUCGAGUAUCAUGCGUGAGACUUAUGCGGUAUACCAUGUUGCCAUGUUGGCCAUAAUCCAGGGGUCACUAAACCAAAGCUUCAAUGCUAUUAAAGUAAAAAUUAGCAGUGAAGCUACUGGGAUUUCUUGUGAACACUUGUCAUAUGUAGUGAGAAAAUACAGUUGAGAGGGUGGUGAUUGCUAACCCCUGGACUGUUGAUUCCUUGUCUGAGUGGACACUGUGUAUCACAUUUUGUGGUUGUCCA